AUGCCCUUCUACACUACCUUCGAGCCUAGCUUCGACUACGCCUUCCCCGCCCAGCCCCGCUACACCUACUCUCCCUUCUACGCGGAGCCCACCCACCACUACCCCUUCCACACUCGCACCCCCACCCCUACCCGACAGCCCGUUUACGAGUCCGACUCUGGACUCGACGAUGAAGAACAAGCCGUCCUCGCCCAGCUCGCCGCCAUCCGCCAGAAGCGCGAGCAGCUCAAAGCCACUCAAGCUCGCGAAGCCGCUGGUGCUGCUAAGGCCAAAGCUCAGCGCGAGGCGAUGAUCAAGGCUGAACUUGCCCAGGCGCUUGUGAGGGAGCAAGAGAAGAAGAGGAAGCAAGAGGAGGAGAGGAAACGGGAAGAGGAGAGGGAGAGGCGAGCUGUGUUUGCUCGUGCAAUGGAGCAGGCGAAUGUGCAGCGAGAGAAGAAGAGACUUGCGCAGACGGAUGCUCACAAUAGGCAAGACCACCGAGCUAUCAAGCCUGUCUCCCCGAGUCAUACCGACCUCAACAACAUCCUCAGUGCUCUCUUCGGUAUCAACUUGGCUCCCUCUGAUGAAGAGGAAGAGGAAGAGUCCGAGCACGAGGAAGCUGAGGUUUCAGUACCCAUCUUCAGCCCUCAGUGUACCUCUGCUGCCUGCUGCCAGUCGGACAAACCUACCCCCACCGACAACGAGGCUCUUGUCAUGUCUCAGCUCGCUCAGGCUAUCGCUAGAAGGCAAGCCAUCGAACAAGAGGAAGAGAACAGGCGGAAUCAGGAGGAACAAGAGCGGAAGCAGCAAAAGCUGGAGAAGCGAAGAGCCUUUGUUCAGGCUAUGGCAGAGAAGAAUCAACAGCGAGAGAAGCAGCGAUUGGCUCAAGCCCAGGCCAAGAACAGACAACCCAAACCCAUUAGCCACGACAACCAAGACCUACAGAACCUGCUGAACGCAUUCUUCGGUGUCCACCCUCCCACAUCAGAGGACUCUGAGCAGUCAGAUGUCGAGUCUGAGGCAUCUGAGGAUCCUCGUCCCCAGCGUCGGGCCGCUCCUGUCAAGUCGGAGGUGAAGGCUACAGCGCCCGCUACUGCCAACGCUCCUGUUGCCCCUCAACCCGAGACGACUUCUGAGGCUGCCGAGACCUUAUCCCCCGCAUUCACCAUCCUCCAUAACAUGGACACCCAGCUCGCCCAACUCAAAUCGUCGUUCACCUUCCCCUCCCACCUUUCCUUCGCCCACUCCACCCCAAACGGCCAAACCCCUCCCCUGUUAUUCAACCGCACCAACGCCCCCUACCACGCACAAACCAACGCUCUCCUCCAGCUUCUGCUCCAAGCUGAUACAGUCAUCUCGGAAGGACAGCCGGAAGUGAGAGAGGCGAGAAAGGAGAUGGUGAAGAAGGUCGAGGCGGAGAUCAGAAGUAUGGAAGAGAAAAGGGAUGAGGUUUGGGAGGAGGUUCGGAAGAGGAGGGAGAGUGGGGAGGAGAAGGAGCCGGAUGAAGAGGAGGAGAGGUCUUGGAGCGACUGCUCAUCAGUAGCAAAGAAUCAAUAG